GGGCUCGGGCUCGGCUCGGGCUCGCGAGCGCGGAGGAUGUCCGGGAAGCACUACAAGGGCCCCGAGGUCAGCUGCUGCAUCAAGUACUUCAUCUUCGGCUUCAACGUCAUCUUCUGGUUUUUGGGAAUAACAUUUCUUGGAAUUGGACUGUGGGCGUGGAAUGAAAAAGGAGUUCUCUCCAACAUCUCUUCUAUCACUGAUCUCGGCGGCUUUGACCCUGUCUGGCUUUUCCUUGUGGUAGGAGGAGUGAUGUUCAUUUUGGGAUUUGCUGGGUGCAUUGGAGCUCUACGGGAAAACACCUUUCUUCUCAAGUUUUUUUCUGUGUUCCUGGGAAUUAUUUUCUUCUUGGAGCUCACUGCUGGGAUUCUUGCGUUUGUUUUCAAAGACUGGAUCAAAGACCAGCUGUAUUUUUUUAUAAACAACAACAUUAGAGCAUACAGGGAUGACAUUGAUCUUCAAAACCUUAUAGACUUCACCCAGGAAUAUUGGCAGUGCUGUGGGGCUUUUGGAGCAGAUGAUUGGAACCUAAAUAUUUACUUCAAUUGCACAGAUUCCAAUGCUAGUCGUGAGCGCUGUGGUGUACCCUUCUCCUGCUGUACAAAAGAUCCCGCAGAAGAUGUCAUCAAUACUCAGUGUGGUUAUGAUACUAGACAGAGACCAGAAGUUGACCAGCAGAUCAUAAUCUACACCAAAGGCUGUGUGCCCCAGUUUGAGAAGUGGUUGCAGGACAACCUAACCAUUGUAGCUGGAAUCUUCAUCGGCAUCGCAUUGCUACAAAUUUUCGGAAUAUGCCUGGCUCAGAAUUUAGUGAGUGACAUUGAAGCUGUGAGGGCUAGCUGGUAGAGCCCCUGCAACAGCUGUUGUAAGACACUGGAUCGAUCCAGUCUUCCUGACCUUCCAGCGUACCAGUGACAGCCAUGCUGCAUGGAUCCUAUGCACAUACCAGAUGAAGCUGCCAAUAACUGGUUUAAGGGGCGCUGGGGGGGUGGGGGCUAUAAAACUGGGAAAUGUUGCUCACUGACAAAAUUUUUAAAAAUGUACCUGUGAAAGUCUCUGCACCAUGCACCUCUAUUGUAACCAUGAAUCUAUGAAGGCCAGAUACUUACCAAAAAAGUAAAAGUCAAGUAGGGACCCAGAGCUGGGAGAAGAAGCUGUGCUCUCAUCAUGCCUUGAGGGUCUGCCAUCUGUUGCUUCGCCUAAAGAAGUGAAACUCCUAAGACUCCAUUUCUUGCCUGGGAGCUGUGGAUUGUGCCAACCCGUCACUGUAAAUUUUAAGUAACUAUUACAACUAUCAUCCCUAAAGGAAGGCAUUUGUCUGAAGAUUCCAAUUUUGUGAUCACAUUCAACACGUGACUCUCCUUAGUUAUGAAGACCAGCGUCAAAUGCAUUGAGUACAAGCAUUGGGAUUCUGCCUAAUACUGGACUUUAGCAAGACACAUCUUUUUUAAAGUAGGCCUGAGCUUUACUUAUUGAUGAAAUUCCAGGACAAAAUGAGGUUAAUGAACAGAUAUUAAUAUACUCUCUUAUCCCUGUCCACAAAAUUACUUGUUAAAUUAUUUAGAAACUGGAAUAUUUGGGUGUUUUGUUUGUUUUGUCUAUGGAUUAUUUUUUUCCUCCUCAAAGUGAAAGCUAUGCUAUAGUUUUUAUUCCAUUUAAAAUUUUUUCUUACUCAGCUUGAGUAUUUCUAUUUUUUGCAUGAUAUGUGAAUCUAACCCAGCAGCUCUAUUUUCUGCCAUCUUUCCUUCAGAAAUUUGUAAAUGUGAAUCAGCCUACAUCUCUUUCAGAGUUUUGUCGUUGUGAGAGAUGUGGUGUAUCUUUCUGUGUGGUAGCAGCUGAUAAGGACUCCACACCAGCGUCCGUAGAUGCAUUGUUUCUUACCACUGUCAUGGACUUGUCUGCACAAUGCCCCUCAGCCCAUUCUGUCUAAAUGCAGUUCAACCCAAUUCUAAGCCAACGUUGACCAAACAACAAGCUUAUAAUGAAUCUUGUUUCAUCUAUUUAUGUUGCUUUAUUUUUAAAGAAAAUGGAAAAAAAAAGUCACAUGGCCAGAGCACCUCUGUGCGCUUGGUGCAAAUGCACCAUCUCUUAUUGGUAAUAAAGCACAAAUACUUUGAAGGAGGUGCAUCAGCAGGGCACAUCUUUCUGUGCCACUAGGUGGGAAUUCACUGUAAGUGCUGCUGCCCCUAACCUUGCUCCAGGUGAGAGCAACGAGUUCUGAGGUCUUAGCCAGCAGAUGGCCAUCAGAAUUCCACUCAGCUGGGAAGUCCGGCACAUGUGGAAGUCUCGGGCAUAAUUACAGUGAUGACACAUUUGCCAACAUAGGACUGAAUAGCAGCUCUUACACACUGGAAAUUUAAUCAGGAUUUCUACUUCUGUUCAUUUGUUGCACCUUUGUGGCUGAUGAAUGUGUCAUCUUUCUCAGAGAAAGAACAAAAUUCUGUUGUAAAAUCUCAUUUCUCAAGUUUGGGUGUGUUUAUGACUUUAUGUCUGUGCUUUUGUGUGUCUCUGCAAUUAGAGAUGUGCAGUUCAUCAUGCAGGUGAUGUCAUUCUGGAGGGUCAGUCAGUUCAAUGAGGAGAACAAAAACUCCUGAUUUUUUUUCAGUGUGCCCUCUACUUGACUCCUUCCUACAAUCACCAGAAUCAAGCAAGAGUCCUACCCUUUGGUAUAUGUUGUGAAAUGCCAAACAGGAAGUCAACUGAUUUCUAAUUUUAAGUAAUUACUCUUUAUUUUUUACGCUUGACAGUGUUUGUAAUAAAGACUGUCAUUAAUAAAGUUGGUUCUACCCCUGAA